CCGCCAUAAAACCCCUCCACACUCCGCUCACAUACCUUUCUCUCUUCUCUCUGUUCAUCUUUCUCUCUCUAAAAACGUGAGCUCAAUUAGAAGCUUCUCUCUCUUUCUGGUUUUGCCGAAAGAAUUUGAGAUAAACAUUUUGGCUGCAAUCUUACACAUUCACCCGCUAUAUGAGACUCUAGCUAUUCGCUUUUCUGCUCUUGUUUUUUGUUUUCUUUUUCCCCUACUGUUGGAAGUGAAUUUUCCCCUUUCUCUUGAUGCUUAAGAGAGCAAAGAGUAGCGAAGUGUAUUAUCUUUAGCUUCACUUGAGAUUGCGGAGUUGAAUCCUGCUUUGGGAUUAAUAGUGAAAGUUUGCAACUUGAAUAAAAAAGAAACACAAUUAGGAUGUUCACCAACAACACCAACUCCCUCGACUUCAAAAACUUUGAUUCUCAACUCGAAUCAUUUAGUAAAAACCCUCAUAUCCUCAUGCACGAGGCCUGUCCCUCCCGCAAUAAACAUUUCAGAAAUUCAAACUUUGUAAACUACUAGCAAAAACUUGUACUCUUAGUUUCCUCUUUACCUUGUAGCCCGGUAGCCCCUUUUUGCACUCUAGGGGUUAGUUAAGGUUUAAAAUAAAUGUUAAUUAUAUAAUACCGUGUAAUCACAUUCACCACUCGUGGCUUGUGAGUCAUAGUAUUGUGUAUACUAGAGCCUCUUAUUUUUCAGACAAACAAAAAUGGUGCCGCAAGGCCCCCCGAACCCUCUUGGCGGAGGCCAGCCCAUCCCACCAUCCCUUUUGAGAUCGAAUUCCGGGCUUUUGGGCGGACAAGGGCCCGGAAUCCCUUCACAAAACGCAUUCCCUUCGUUAGUUUCCCCACGCAACCAGUUCAAUAACUUGAACAUGCUCGGCAAUAACAACGUUUCAUCAUUGCUACACCAGUCGUUUGGUAACGGGGGCCCGGGUAGCUCUCAUCAUGGGCUCGUCGACAGUGGGCCCGACUCUAGCAUGGGGAAUGGGAUGGGUUUCGCUACUCCGACCUCUUCCUAUCUCUCUUCGCCCGUCACAGCCAAUGAGAACCCCUCCAGUCAGGUUCAGGGUCAACAGCACCAGUUCCCAAACAUAUCCGUUAUUCAAAAACAGCUCGACUCGCAAAAUUUUCAACAUAACAAUGGCAGUAAUCAGCCGCAACAGCAGUUUCAGGGGAUGCGGCCUGGUAUGGGACCUGUGAAGCUCGAGCAGCAAAGUACAGCCAAUGAGCAAGCAUCACAGCAGCAAUUUCAGGGUCUGAGGAAUAUGGGUUCUGUUAAAAUGGAGGCACAACAGAUGCAGAACAUGGGUAUGGGUAUGAGCUCGGUUAAAAUGGAAUCACAGCAGAUACCGAGCAUGAGGGGCUUGGGUCCCGUCAAAUUGGAGUCCCAACAUUCGGACCCGUCUUUAUUCUUGCAGCAGCAGCAGCAGCAACAACAGCUGAUUAGACAGUCGUCUCAAGCGGCAGCAGCAGCUCAGAUUUUGCAUCAACAGAGGCUCAUACAGAUGCAACAGCAGCAGCUUUUGAAAGCCAUGCCUCAGCAGAGGUCACCAAUCCAACAACAGCAGCAGCAGCAAUUUCAACAGCAGAACUUGACAAUUAGGUCCCCCGUGAAACCGGUUUACGAGCCCGGGAUGUGUGCACGAAGGCUGACACAUUACAUGUAUCAACAACAACACAGACCUGAAGACAAUAAUAUUGAGUUCUGGAGAAAAUUUGUUGCUGAGUAUUUUGCGCCCAAUGCAAAGAAGAAAUGGUGUGUUUCGAUGUAUGGAAGUGGUCGCCAAACUACGGGAGUUUUCCCUCAGGAUGUUUGGCAUUGUGAAAUUUGCAACCGCAAGCCUGGCCGUGGGUUUGAGGCAACUGUUGAGGUUUUGCCCAGACUCUUCAAAAUAAAAUACGAAAGUGGUACUAUAGAAGAGUUGCUCUACGUUGAUAUGCCACGAGAAUACCAGAACUCCUCUGGGCAAAUUGUUUUGGACUAUGCAAAAGCGAUACAGGAGAGUGUCUUUGAGCAACUCCGUGUGGUUCGUGAUGGUCAGCUUCGGAUUGUAUUCUCUCCUGAUCUUAAGAUAUGCUCUUGGGAGUUUUGUGCUCGACGCCAUGAAGAGCUUAUUCCUAGAAGAUUAUUGAUUCCUCAGGUUGGACAACUUGGCAAUGCUGCCCAGAAAUACCAGGCUGCUACCCAGAAUACAUCAGCCAAUAUCAAUGUUUCGGAGCUACAAAACAACUGCAAUAUGUUUGUUGCUUCAGCCCGUCAACUGGCCAAAGCUUUGGAAGUUCCAUUGGUAAAUGAUUUGGGAUAUACAAAGAGAUAUGUCCGAUGCCUGCAGAUAUCAGAAGUGGUGAAUAGCAUGAAAGAUCUUAUUGAUUACAGCCGUGAAACUGGUUCAGGCCCUAUGGAAAGCUUGAAGAAAUUUCCUCGAAGAACAAACCCAUCACCUGCAUUUCAAGGCCAAAGUCAUAGUCAACAGCAAGAGGCGGCCCAGCUACAUCAGCAGCAGCAAACAAUGGGCCAAACGGCCCAAACCUCAAACAACGAUAAUAACCCCAUCCAGCCCACAAGUGCCAAUAAUACCACAAUCCACUCAGCCGGGCCCACGAAUCCAUCCACCGGGCCCAUCGCCAAUCUCCUCCAUCAGAAUUCAAUCAACUCUCGGCCCACCCAAAACCCAAUACCCGGCCCGAAUAACCCCUCUUAUGUAGUCAACAACACCGUGCAAAUGCCUUCCCCCGGUGGCUCAUCAUGUACCAUGCCACAGGCUAAUAACCCCACUCCUUCCCCUUUCCAUUCCCCAACACCAUCCUCGUCCAACAACAACAACAACAACAAUAAUAAUAAUAAUCCUCAUCCAAUAGCAAGCACGGUGAACUCGCCGAACAUCCCGGGCCAACAACAAAGCCUCCUUUCUAACGAUGGGAAUGACGCAAACGACCCCCAGAGCUCGGUGCAGAAAAUCAUACACGACAUGAUGAUGUCAUCAUCAUCCCAGAUGGGAUUGGGUUCGAUGGGCAGCGAGAUGAAGAAUAAUGUGAAUGGAGUUUUGUCGUCGUCAGGUUCAGGCGGCAAUGUUCUCAUGGGAAGUGGCGUUGGUAAUGGACAUAGUGUAAUGGGGGUUUCGGGCUUUGGAGGUAUGCAUAAUGGGCCGGGCCAGUUGACCAUGGUCAACGGGAUCCGGGCAGCCCUUGGUAAUAAUAACGGGCGGGUGGGAAUGGGUCGAGAGCAGGGGAUUAUGAAUCCACAGCAGCAGGAUAUGAGUAGCCAGCUGCUUGCUGGCUUUGGGGCGGUCAACGGUUUUAACAACCUACAGUUUGAUUGGAAAACAUCUCCAUGA